UGACCGUUAUGCCCACACUUCAUUGAGAAAUUAGGCCCGCGCGUGGAAAGUACCAGGAUAUUGUAAGGUCUUUUAACUACUGCAUUCCCAACAAAUUUUUAACGAUGGCGUUUCGUAGUGUAAUUGCAAGGCCCUUGUGGCAUGCUGCUCGUGCUUGUAAAAGAUCUCCUCAAGUACUUGGUGGUUCAUGGCGAUUGUGUUCUGCGAAGUCGAGUCUUGAUGAGCCAGAUUUUGAAACUCACAGGGACAAGAAGUUAUUUACCCCUGGCCCUCUCGGCGUCAGCUUUGAAACAAAGAGGGCCAUGCUGCGGGACCUUGGUUCGCGUGACACGGAGUUUAUACGGGUUGUGAAAACAAUUCGUUCGAGGCUCUUGGAAAUUGCUGGUGUUUCUCCUGAAGUGUUCACCACUGUAUUACUUCAGGGUAGCGGAACAUAUGCUGUGGAGGCUGUACUCACCACCACAACCCCCAGAGAAGGAGGGAAAGUUUUCAUCAUUGAAUGUGGUUCCUAUGGCAAGAGAAUGAUGAAGAUUUGUGAAGUUGCGGGGAUAGAAACGGUUGUACUUCACGGAGCAGAGGAUUCCAAAGUAGACUUAAAGAAAGUUGAAGAAAUCCUGAAAAGUGAUAAAUCCAUCACCAAUGUUGCCAUGGUGCACUGUGAAACCUCCACAGGUGUUAUACAUCCAGUUGCUGAAGUAGGAAAACUUGUGAAAGCACAUGCUCCAGAUGCAUCAUUUUUUGUUGAUGCUAUGAGUAGCUUUGGGGCAGUUCCACUCAAUUUAGAUCUAGCAAACAUUGACUUCAUGGUGAGCUCAGCUAACAAGUGUAUAGAAGGUGUUCCUGGGUUCUCCUUUGUAAUUGGCCAUAUUGAAUCCUUGAAGAAAUGCAAAGGAUGGGCACGUAGUUUAUCUCUGGACAUUGUUGAUCAGUAUGAAGGACUUAACCAGAACGGCCAGUUUAGGUUCACCCCAGCAACUCAUGCCAUGCUUGCUUUCCGACGAGCUUUGUCUGAGUUCAAGGCUGAAGGUGGAGUGGAUGGAAGAGCAAACAGAUACAUGGAGAACUGCAACCUUCUUCAAGAUGGCAUGCGGAAAAUGGGUUUCAAGAAGUUUCUAGAUGACACCCAUGAAGGGUACAUUAUAACUUCCUACUACAACCCCAAGCAUCCAAACUACAACUUUGAAGAUUUUUACAAUCGGCUAAACAGUAAGGACCAGGUCAUCUACCCUGGUAAAGUAAGCACUGCUGACUGCUUCAGAAUUGGUAACAUCGGAAAACUGUAUCCUGCUGAUAUGCAGCAUUUGUUGAAGUGUAUAGAAGAAGUGUUAGGUGAAAUGGGAAUACAUGUCCCCCUAGAAGAGUAAACAAAGAGACAGUAGACUAGUUAUGUGCACCAUUUUAUGGGGUGUGAUACACAUAGGCCAUUUCUGAGUUCUAAAAAUUCUCCCUUUCUAAUUUUGAUCAAGAGCAAAAUUUUCAGGUAUUAAUGGGUUACAGUUGCUUAAGGAUUAAAAUCAUUUUCCAAUGAAUAGCUUUGCACUUUCCACUGAAACAGAGGCUUUUUGCAUCUCAGAAAUGGCUCAUUAGUACAGUGCUCUUAGCUGCAUUGUUCACACCUAAUAUCAAAAAGGUUUGUCAAAGGCAUGCUUGCUGGAAUAAUUUUGAUGUGGAAAUGAAAUGAAAUUUAAUAUAGUUUAUGAAUAAGAUUUAUGUCUUAAAAGAGCAGAACAAUCACAUCUUUUACAGAUAACAAGAACAGUUAGCAUGUAAAAUAACUCAGAGAAUUUGAGCUGAACAGGGGAUAAGGCAAAAAACAAGUAAUCAGCAGAAAAUGCAUGAGCAGUAAAGCCAAAUUUUGUAGAUAAACUGUAAGUGGCAGUGGUGUGUAAGUGUUA